UUUCCGUAGUCUACGACACGACCAUCUGUAGUGACGUCAGUUCGUGGAAAUUGUCACACUCAGUGGCAAGAUGGCUACGGAACCAAAUAAGACCGAAAUCCUGACGAUUUUCAAAAGGUUGAGAUCAAUUCCCACGAACAAGGCUUGUUUCGACUGUGCUGCCAAAAACCCGAGCUGGGCGAGCAUCUCCUAUGGCGUCUUCCUGUGCAUCGACUGCUCCGGCAUCCAUCGCUCACUGGGAGUACAUCUCAGCUUCAUCAGGUCCACAGAGUUAGACUCCAACUGGAGCUGGUUCCAGCUCAGAUGUAUGCAGGUUGGAGGGAAUGCCAACGCGACGGCCUUCUUCCGUCAGCACGGCUGCUCCACCAACGACACCAACGCCAAGUACAACAGCCGCGCUGCCCAGAUGUACCGGGAGAAGAUACGGCAGCAGGCAAACGCAGCCUUGUCCAAAUAUGGCACUGAGCUGUGGAUCGAUUCUUCUGCAGGAGCAACAUCUGCUGGUCCUGAGAAGAAGGACGACGACUUCUUUGCUGAACAUACACAGGCUGCCUGUGAGUGGAACAUAGCGCCCCCUGCAGAGCAGAACGGAGCCGCCGUGACCCCACAGCUGGCGGACACGACGCCUAAAGCCCAGGACGACAGCCAACCAGAGGACGGGCCCAGCAUCGAGGGUCUGAGCACGUCGCCCCAGGCGUCUAUGGAGGACUCCAUGCGUUUAUCAGCGCUGAACGGACCGACGCCUAAAGAUGUGAAGCCCUCCAUCAUUGGGAAGAAGAAGCCCAUGGCUGCUAAAAAAGGGCUCGGUGCAAAGAAAGGCCUCGGCGCUCAGAAGGUGAGCAGUAAAAGCUUCUCGGAGGUGGAGAAGCAGGCUCAGGUGGCCGAGAAGCUGCGAGAGGAGCAGGCCACGGAGGCCAAGAAACAGGCGGAGGAGUCCAUAGUGGCCUCCAUGCGGCUGGCCUACAAGGAGCUGGAGAUCGACCGGAAGAUGGAGGAGAAGAAGCUGCAGAACCUGGAGGGGAAGAAGAGGGAGCAGGCGGAGCGGCUGGGCAUGGGCUUCGGCGGCAGGAGCGUGGUGUCUCACUCCGUGAUGUCAGAGAUGCAGGUGAUCGAGCAGGAAACACCUGUGGGGGCCAAGUCCUCGUCCCGCUCCAAGCUGGACAUGUUCGAUGAGCCGGGCUUCACCUCCGGACCUCCUAAGUACAAGGACAACCCGUUCACGGUGGGAGACGCGUUCAGCUCCCGGUGGGACGCUGACGGCGGAACCGCCUCCUUCACCACCUCCUGGGCUCUGGAGAAGGAGGAGCCCAAAGAGGAGGUCACCAUCUCCAGCAUCCAGCCGAUCGGGGAGAGGCUCCCCAGCAGGAGGAAAGCCGAGGCGUCCUCCGGCGUCUCCGAGUCCAGCGAGGCCCGGCAGAAGUUCGCCAACGCCAAGGCCAUCUCCUCAGACAUGUUCUUUGGUCGGGAGAGCAACGCUGAGUACGAGGCCAAGACGAAGCUGGAGAGCCUGUCCAGCAGCACCUCCAUCAGCUCCGCCGACCUGUUCGGAGACGACAGCGACUAUAAAGGCCGGGCGGCGGGCUUCGACAGCGUCCUCCCCUCCGGCCCGGACAUCGCCCAGUUCAAGCAAGGGGUGAAAACCGUUGCCGGGAAGAUGGCGGUCCUCGCCAACGGCGUGAUGAACACCAUCCAGGACCGCUACGGGUCGUACUGAGUGCCGGCGCCGCUCGUGGGAAACGCUGAGGAAGAAGCCAGCCUCCCGACUGACAUGAGCGUUUGGACGGAGCCGGGCGAGACGCAGGAAGCUUUGCAUGGGAAGGACGGCGUCCCCGACUUCUGUCCUCCACUAGAGACAGUAUUCCCUUCUCAUUAGACUUUUAUUUUCAUAAAACCACCAGAAAAUACGGAACCUUUUCUAAAACAACUGCUCUACUGUCCAGAACCUGCUGGUCUUAGAUUUUCAACAUGAGUUUGAAUCUUUAUUUUCUUUAUUCUGAAAUCAGAUGUCUUGAUUCCUAACAUUUAAAGUAUUUGUUUUUCUCGUGAUGUUAAAGCCACGGUGCGGUGUUUUUAGUUUCACUUCAACAGGAAUCCAUCAUGUCUAAAGCUGCUGACUCAGUAAAGUCUGGUUGUUUUUCUCCAUGAAGCACUGAUUUCAGAGCUGAGCUGAAAUCCUCACAGCUUCCUGACCUCUGACCUCUCAUAAAAACGGUUCGAUGCGAUGGAAAGAGGUCGGGACACGCCGACUCCAGCUCAACGCUCUGACUUUGCAUCCUCGCCUCACGCAGCAGGAUUUCCUGCUUGAACCUCACGUCUGCUGCCAGUUUCACGGCUUCUCUCCUGGUUCUGAUACUAAAUGUUCCUCCGGUUGUUUUCGGUUUCAGCUGCAAUAAAUGAAACGGAGCAGACUUGACGUUCAGCAGACGUUUGUGAUUUUCUUUACGUCCCGACCCGAGGUUAUCCGAGCAAAGAGAGGAUCAAGAUAUUUAUUUGUAGGCUACAGAGAACCGUGUUCAGUAUGUUAAUAAAGACGAAAAACCCCGCA